GAGAUACUAAGCGGAAGAUGGCAGAUGGUCUUUUCACCACUGAGGUAUUAAGAACGCUUUUCAAUCGGAAGGUUUCUAAUCUUGCUAGCAAACGUUAGCAAGCAAACUACCGCACUGCAAGAUGCAAUUGGGACAUUUUGAAACGACUGUUAUCAAGGAUGUAGCCGAAUAAUUUGGUAUUUUCAAUCUUAAUCGUGUGUUAACAAUCUUGAGAGUAUAUUUUCCAGUUGUUUUGUUUUUACAUGUGUGUUGUUUCUGUUGUAACACCCACAUCCAUUAUAUGGUUGAAAAACUGCAAUCUAGCUAGCUAGGUUAGGCAAAUAGCUAGCUAUUACGGUAGCUAUUGCAGCUGUCAUUGACAACCAUAGUCAACAUAAUACAAUAUUCAUCUGAAGUAGCUAGUCUCCUUGCUAGAUAGUAACGUUAAACCAUGACCGGGGAAAAGAUUCGCACAUUGCGGAAAGACCAUAACAACAAGCCUAGUAAGGAUGGGGCUAUAACGUUAAUGGAAACAUUUGAUGAAUCUACAAAUGGAACAAUAACCUCUCCAACCCCCAACGGUACCACCAUCACGUACAAAUCAAACAAGAACCAUAACAAGACGGUGAAACCUAUGGCACUGCAGCAGCAGCUAUCGAAUAUUAAUGCAACCAAUGCCAAUCAAUCAGUUUGUACUAUCAUCGAUGACUAUAACAAGAAUCCCAUCAUUCUGACCAAUGGUAAUGAGGACUUGAAUUUGGAAUUCCCUGUUCACGAAUGUGUGUUCAGAGGAGAUGUGCGUCGCUUGUCCUCACUCAUUCGGACCCAGAACAUCUCCCAGAAAGAUGUGCAUGGAAACACACCUCUUCACGUAGCUGUGAUGAUGGGUCACAAAGAGUGUGCCCUCCUGCUCCUGGCCCAUAAUGCCCCUGUGAAGGUGAAGAAUGCCCAGGGCUGGAGCCCCCUGGCAGAGGCCAUCAGCUAUGGAGACCGACAGAUGAUCACAGCCAUACUGCGGAAGCUGAAGCAGCAGUCCAGAGAGAGUGUGGCGGACAAGAGGCCCAAGCUGCUGAGAGCGCUGAAGGAGCUUGGUGACUUCUACUUUGAGCUUCACUGGGACUUUCAAAGUUGGGUGCCCUUGCUCUCCCGUAUUUUGCCAUCUGAUAACUGCAAGAUCUACAAGCAGGGGAUCAACAUCAGACUGGACACAACUCUGAUAGACUUCUCAGAUAUGAAGUGUCAGAGAGGAGACCUCAGCUUCAUCUUUAACGGAGAUGCUCCGCCCUCCAAGUCCUUCUAUGUCCUGGACAAUGAGCAGAAGGUGUACCAGCGGAUACACCACGAGGAGUCUGAGAUGGAGACUGAGGAGGAGGUGGACAUCCUGAUGAGCAGUGAUGUCUAUUCUGCCACCCUGUCCACCAAAUCUAUCACCUUCUCCCGCAGUCAGAUCGGCUGGCUCUUCAGGCAGGACAAGACGGAGAGAGUUGGUAACUUCCUGGCUGACUUCUACUCUGUGAACGGCCUGGUGCUGGAGUCCAGGAAACGGCGGGAGCAUCUGAGUGAGGAGGACGUCUUGAGGAACAAGGCCAUCAUGGAGAGCCUGAGCAAAGGAGGGAACCUGGUGGAGCAGAACUAUGAGCCUCAGAGAAGGCUGUCCCUCACUGCUCCAGACCCCAACACUAUCUCCUGGGAGGAGUACAUUUCUGCAGAGCACGGAAAGGCACCUCAUCUUGGGAGAGACCUUGUGUGUAAGGAGAGCAAGAAGAACUUCAAAGCGACCGUAGCCAUGAGCCAGGACUUCCCUCUGGGCAUUGAGUCGUUACUGAAUGUGUUGGAGGUCAUAGCCCCAUUCAAACAUUUCAACAAACUAAGAGAAUUUGUUCAAAUGAAGCUUCCUCCUGGGUUUCCAGUCAAGCUUGACAUCCCUGUGUUCCCCACUAUCACAGCGACGGUCACCUUCCAAGAGUUUCGCUACGAUGACUUUGAGGAGUCCAUCUUCUCCAUCCCAGCAGACUACAAGGAGGACCCCAGUCGCUUCCCUGACCUCUGACAUGGUUGUCAUAGUAACCAGAUGUGCCCCCGUCCCACCCGCUCGGAAACUGACAAACAGCCUCUACCUACCUACUUUUUUAAAAGGAAAAUAACCAACUUAAGUUGAGACAAAAUUAGAAUGUGCCAUCUUAUUGUUUGAUGUCUGUGUGUUCUGAUGGAAAAAAGGGAAUUAUCUCUUGGCCCUGAGUGUUCAAUUUGUAGAUAUUUCCUCAUAGCAAACCAAUGCAAACAGGACUCGCAUUGCACCACAACCAUGUUCAUAUGUGUAGCAAUAACAGCACAAGGUCCCCAAAAAAUAUUUGAUGUCAUCUGCUUAACAACUUCAUUAACCUACUACAUGAUCACUGCUAUGAAAAGUUAUGGAGUUGACUGUGACAUCUUCAAUGUGCACUUUUCCAGGCUUAGCACUCACUGCAUCUAGCGUCUGCCCAUUGGAGACUACCCUUUUCUUAUAAACUAAGUGUUUGAAAAAUAGAGACGUCAUAACUGAACUGAGCAUAACUUUCAUAUUUAAAUUAUGUAGAUUAUAUAGGCCUAGUCAAAAGGGGCAACACUGUGUAGCAAUACAUUUCCAGUACAUAAGAAUGUUAUUUUUAAACCUGCUGGUUUAAACAGCAUUCUUACACAAAUCAAUACCCAAGCCUUUUGCUCGCUCGCGCUCUCUCACUCAGGAUGCAAACACCUGUAUUUUCAGGUUAGCUCAUCUAUCUUACCUCCUGGCUAUCACCGUCUGUUUCAAGUGAUUGUGUGAAUUUGGGGCUCUAUUCAAUCCGUAGCGCUGAAGAUCCACUUUAUAGUGCGAUUGACAAUUAUAGCCAAUUUUCCUGUGGUCGCAGAGACUGCAUUCACGGUAAACACUGUGUUGGCUCAAUCGGAAAUUACCUUUACAUUUUAAUGCAGAUCUUCUGUGAUAUGGAUUGAAUCCAGCCCUUAAUGUGUUUUGUGUUUGAGAGAGGACUGUUGUACUGUACUUUAAAGGUGUGUGAGAACCCAGAUGGGGUUUCAGGAAAGCUGUUCUAGUUUGAUACUGCACUGACAUUAAGUAUAUUUAAUUGCAUGCUAUGUUGACCCAAUAGGAUUACUUAUGUCCUUUUGAGUGUAUAUUUCCUACACACUUGUUAUACCUGCUGCCAUCUCGCUAUCCUUUCGAAUUAUUCAGGAAGACCAACUUCUACCGUAUAAAUAUUGUAACCACACUUAAAACCCUUUGGUCAAAUGCAUUUAGGUGCUUUUACCACUAGAUUAUUUCCUUGAGUGUACUACAGACUCUACUACAUUACAUUUUAAUGACAGCUUAUACAGUUGGACUGUCAACCUGUAAAAUCCAUAUGGUUUUUGAAAUGAGAUAUGACCAGCAGUAGGUAACAGUUUGGGUCAUAAGAAUGUGUAUCUGGCUUGAGCCUACUGGUAUUUAUAAAUGUAUUGCAGCUUUUCCAAUUUCCCAUUCCUUUAAAUAAAUCACCAGCAUCAUGUC